AUGAACUUAAUUGCUUCUUAUUUACUUCACAGAUACACUGACCGCUAUUUGUACACAUUUAUAUCAUCAGCUGAUAAAUAUUUUAUGGCUGGCCAGAAAGUCAUAGCUUACGUCCUUAUAGAUGACUUCUCCAAGUUGCCUUUGAUAGAGCUGAGUCCCCUCCAUACAGUGAAAGUUUUUGAAAUAAAGCAAGAGAAGAGAUGGCAAGAUAUCAGUAUGAUACACAUGAAGACCAUCAGUGAACGUGUUGUGGAUCACAUCCAAUAUGAAGUUGAUUUCCUCUUCUGCAUGGAUGUGGAUCAAAUCUUCAUAAGAAAAUACAGACUGGAAGCUCUGGGGGAGUCAGUAGCUGAGUUACAUGCUCAUUGGUAUAAGACAAGUCCUAGUGAGUUACCUUAUGAGAGAAGUCAGUUAUCAGAAGCAUAUAUACCUAUUGGUAAGGGAUAUUUUUAUUACCAUGCUGCUGUAUUUGGUGGUACUCCCAUUCAGGUUCUCAAUAUUGCCAGGGAAUGCUUCAAAGGAAUCUUGAACGACAAGAAAAAUAACAUUGAAGCAGUGUGGCAUGAUGAAAGUCACUUAAACAAGUAUUUCUUUCUCCAUAAACCCACUAAAGUCUUGUCACCAGUAUGCUGGGAUAUGUUCAGAAUUAAUAGUGAGAUUAACACUGUCAAACUCUGUUGGGCUGUUAAAAAUUAUGAUUAUCUUAGACAAACUGUAAUUUUAUAG